UCGAGGGGCUGCAACCGGAGCACCGCGGGCCCGUGAGAGUACGUCUCCCGUCUAGGUUUAAUUUGUUCGGAGUAAACACGGCCACAACUAAACACUAAGAGCCGGAGAUCUGGACGCUGGACGUUUUCCUCACCUUCGCAUGCUCAGGUUCGUCCACGCUCCCAGACGAAAAAAACCCUGCGCAUUCCUCCACGUAGAGAGCCAGAGAGGGGGAGCAGCCGACACACCGACGGGGGGAAGGAGAGCUGGAGGCGGCCUCUUCACGAGCUGCUCUGAUGAAUUUACCUACAGACUCCGUGUAGACGUCCUGUCUGGUGUUCAAGCUUCACCCGAGUCUCUCCGUGUUAGUCUGGGACGCCUCCGUGACCCGCUGCCCACGAUGAGAUCUCUGCUUUGAUGAAUAAUUUACGAGCUCGCGGUCCGAGGCUCGCGCUGCAAGCACCACCACCACCGCCACCACCACCAACCGUCGACCUUUGGCUGCGCCUGACGCCGCCUGCACGGGCCCCGAUGGUGGACUAGACACCAAACGCACGACGACGCGACGCGGGAUCGAAGAGCAGAGCCCGGAGCUGGAGGAUGAAUUAGCGGCACUCGUCGGAACCUUCCCGAAGCGCGGAGCCCCGGAGUCAUGUUGACGAGUCGGUGGGGGAGGAGAGUCGAAGCCUCCUGUACUUCCACGCCGAGCCAGUGUCACUCCAAAUCCUGCUUGGUUUUAUGAGCUCCACUAAACCGCCAACACCGCCUGUAGUCACCGAGUUAUUAGAAAGAAUGACACGGAUGCUUUUUCCUCUAACGCCUUAUGGUCUCAGCCUGACUAUUUUUAAGAUUAAUGUCAGAAAGUAUCUUUAAAUAACAGAUGAACUGGUCAGUUAUAGAAAACAGAAAAUCUUUGUAUAUGAAUGAGCGCCGUUUUCACUGUUGAACUUACUUAAAUACCUCAUGAAUCUACCUCAAACACCAGAUUAUUUUCUAAACGACACAACGGAUCGAUGUGUCCUCACAUUAUUACCUCAGACACAUUGAUGUUAUAAACUGAGCCUGUGUUUCAGAACCGCCGAUAAUGGCUUCUUUUCCAGACUCGGACCUGCAGACGUGCCCACUCUGCAAGGAGCUGUGUGGCUCCUCUGCACCUAUUUCUUCUAGUUCUUCUACCUCUUCGUCUUCUUCACAUACCUCGUCCUCCUCCAGCCAGACCACCAGAAGGCUCCACGUCCUCCCCUGCCUCCAUGCCUUCUGCAGGCAGUGCCUAGAGGGUCAGCGGAGCCCGGGGGACCCGCUGAAGCUGCGGUGCCCCACCUGCGAUCAGAAAGUGUCCAUCUCUGAGGCCGGCGUGGACUCCCUGCCUUCCUCCAACUUCCUCUUCAGCAACUUGCUGGAUGUGGUGGUGAGCUCCGAAGAGCAGAUCCAGAACAAGAACGGACACCACCAUCACAGGGGAGGCUUAGGUGGUGGUGGAGGCUCCUCAGGCUUCCAACACCCCCAUGGGGGCCUACUGCACCCGCACCACCUAGGAGAGCCUCAGUGCAGCUCUUGUGAUGAGGAGAACCCAGCCACAUCCCACUGCCUUGACUGCCAGGAGUAUCUGUGUGACAACUGUGUGCGGGCACACCAUAGAGUGCGGUUGACCAAGGACCACUUCAUUGAGCGCCUGGGGGAGAACCUCCACCUGGGACGGAUCAACGCUAACACUAACCCAGGCCAGCCAGGGGUGGCUGUAUCUCUCGCCCAGUCGCUGCAGAACAACUUCGCCCUGCUGUCCCUGUUCCAGGAUCGCAUGAGCUUUUGCCAGCACCAUGACAAUGAGGUGUUUCUGUUCUUCUGUGAAUCCUGCUCUGUGCCAAUCUGCAGGGAGUGCAGCGUCGGUCGUCACAUGGGCCAUACUUUUGUGUACCUGCAAGAUGCUGUGCAGGACUGUAGGGCCAUCACCAUCCAGCUGCUGGCCGACGCUCAGCAAGGACGUCAGGCUGUGCAGCUAAGCAUGGAGAAGGUCCAGACCAUGGCAGAGCAGGUGGAGAUCAAGGCGAAGGUGGUGCAAACUGAAGUAAAAGCCCUUGUCCUCAGACACAAGAAAGCGUUGGAGGAGAGGGAGUGUGAACUACUGUGGAAGGUUGAGAAGAUCCGUCAGGUGAAGGCCAAGUCUUUGUACCUGCAGGUGGAAAAACUGCAUCAGAGUCUGACCAAACUGGACAGCACCAUCGCUGCCGUAAGCCAGGUGCUGGAUGAGGGACGCCACCUAGAUGUGCUGCUGGCCAGGGAGCGAAUGCUUACCCAGAUCCAUGAACUGAAGGCCCUAAGAGGCCUCCUGCAGCCCCAGGAGGAUGACCGCUUUAUGUUCACUCCUCCAGACCAGGCUCUGUACAUAGCCAUCCAGUCCAUGGGCCUGAUCAGCAGUGGAGCCUUUGCCCCUGUCACCAAAGCCCACGGGGAGGGUCUAAAAAGUGCGCUUCGUGGCAAGCCUGCCUCGUUCACUGUGAUUGGAUAUGACCACGAUGGCGAGCCACGUCUCUCUGGCGGGGACGCAGUGUCUGCGAUAAUCAUGUGUGUUGCCGAUGGAAACCUGUCUGCAGCAGAGGUGACAGACCACCAAAAUGGCUCCUACACCGUUAGCUACCUGCCUAAAUAUGAAGGGGAACAUCUCGUGUCGGUGCUGGUCUGUAACCAGCACGUCCAGGGCAGCCCCUUCAAGGUGAUGGUGAAGUCGAGGCGGAGCUAUGGGUCCCUGGGCUCCCAGGUGUCAUCGUUUGGGUGUGAGGGUGAGGGAGAUGGUCAGCUUUGUCGUCCCUGGGGCAUCAGCGUGGACAAGGAGGGAUACGUGGUGGUAGCUGAUCGCAGCAACAACCGCAUACAGAUAUUCAAGCCUUGCGGUGCCUUCCACCAUAAGUUUGGCUCUCUGGGUUCUCGGCCUGGUCAGUUUGAUCGUCCAGCUGGGGUUGCAUGUGACAGUCAAAGACGAAUCAUUGUGGCUGAUAAGGACAAUCACCGUGUACAGGUGUUUACUUUUGAGGGCCAGUUCCUGCUGAAGUUUGGGGAAAAGGGUACCAAGAAUGGGCAGUUCAACUAUCCAUGGGAUGUGGCUGUCAACUCUGAGGGUAAGAUCCUUGUCUCCGACACCAGAAACCACCGCGUGCAGCUCUUCGCCCCAGACGGCUCUUUCCUUAACAAGUACGGCUUUGAAGGGGCUUUGUGGAAACACUUUGACUCUCCCAGAGGAGUGGCCUUUAACCACGAAGACCACCUGGUGGUGACCGACUUCAACAACCACCGGCUCCUGGUCAUUCGGCCUGACUGCCAGUCAGCUCGCUUCCUAGGCUCUGAGGGUACAGGGAACGGGCAGUUUUUGAGGCCCCAGGGUGUCGCUGUGGACCAGGAGAACCGCAUCAUAGUGGCUGACUCCCGUAACCACAGAGUCCAAGUGUUUGAACCAAAUGGAAACUUCUUAUGCAAAUUUGGCACACAGGGGAGUGGCUUUGGACAGAUGGACCGCCCCUCUGGUGUGGCUGUGACGCCUGAUGGGGUCAUUGUGGUCGUGGACUUUGGAAAUAAUCGUAUCCUCAAGUUCUAAGAAGUUUUAUUUUUGCAUUCUCUUCCUCCGUUUGCCCUUUUGCAUUUUUUUGAUGAAGGAAAUGGAGGAAAGAGAAUGAAUCAACAGACACAACAGGGGGAGAGCCCACAGAGGUUUCAGAGCACAACACAGUGAAGGGAAUUUAAAAAAUAAAUGUCAUUAUUUGUACUUUUACACUGACAUUCUCCAAAUCAGUGGUGUGUAUGACAAAGACAACUCUACACAUUGAUAAUCAGUCUCAAAAGAGCCAUUCUCCCUUCUCUGCACUCAGCUGCUCUGAAUCCUCUCUGUAAACUCUCCUUAGGUUUUCAUCUCAGGGAAUUUCUCACUUUUCUUGAAAUCUUGUACCCUCUGCUCCAUACCUACCUCAUUUAGCUCUUUAUGAAUGUACUCAUAGUCACUGAGCAGAGGUUUAGUCCGUGAAGUUUUACAAAGAAGAAAAGUCUACCUCUAUACUAUUUAAGAGAGACAAAAUAGACUCUUCAGUUGAUAUUUGCACAGGAUUAAUGGAAUUCUUGCUGUGCAUUGAAAUGAGUUAAGUGAACCUCCUGAAUGUUGUUGCUGAGACAAUACUCAGACCGCUGUAGAGGCUGCAUGAUUUGCUCUCAUUAGAAGGCUCUGCUGGGAGAGGAAACUAGGGUACAGUAGUGUACUUUCAAGUUUUUAGGCCAGACAAUAUGUGCAUCGACUCUUGCCUCCUUGUGGCUGUAUGGAGUUUAGUGUCAUGACAGAAGAGUGCACGAAGCGAUGCCAAACUUGAUAGAAUCUAAAUUAGCUCAGGUCAUGGUAGGACUGAUUAAAAUGCUCAGUCCUUUACAGGCUCUCCCUCUAGCUUUACUGGCUAAUGAUGAUAGUGGAUGCUAAAUUUGAUGAAUUUAUCCGUGAGCAAAAAUGUUUUGUUCAGGAAAUCAUCUCCAAAUGAUCCCCCUAAUGAGUCCUGAACGUACCCACAAAAAAGCCCUGUACUAAAGCUAUCCAAAGUGUUUGAUCAUAUAUUUUCCCGACACCCCUCAACUGUGUCUCAUAAGACUGGUGAAAUAAGGAAACCUGUGUAAUUAUGGUCCAGUCAGUCACUUAAAUAACUAAGAUCAUAAGAUUAUUAUGCAAGGAGAGCUGUGUUUCCUCCAAAGGGAGAACCUACCAAAGGAUUCUGCAGAUGAACUCUCCAGGAUCUUGAUCUAUUAGUGAUCUUAACGUAGAGAUUUAAUCAUAUAAUAAAUAGAAUGACACCUUUUUUAAUGAGUCACGCUGUGUGACAAACGCCUCAGAAGUAGGCACCUAUAAUUUGGCUGUCCAGAGGACAUUAAUGACAUCAAAAUAAAGACCUAACUUAAUCCUUUGGAUUUAGAUUGUGCUAAGAAUGCCGCUCACUUUGGCUCCUGUGGCCUAGGACUUUGUCCAGUCCAAUGAGAGGGUGUGACCACAACGCCCAUUCCUAUUUAUUGAUGCUCAGAGUGGAGGAGACAUUUCCAGAUGGAGUGCUAGUAGACCUAUCCUCUAAGAUGGAGGUCUUUAGACCAGCUGCAGGAGUCAACUAAAGUUAGAAUUACUGCACAAUGGCCAACUAAUGAUUUGGCAAUUAAUGGAAAUAAAAUUCCCUUUAAAAUUUUUUUGUUAACUAAUCAUUGUUGCUGGGAAGUCUGAAGUUCACAAAACUCUUGGAGUUGAGUUCAUAGGAGUUUAUUGUGCAUCCUGCUAAGACCGAGGCCCCAGCAGUCUGAGGCAGGUUUUUGUCGAUCUGUAGAGAUGUUUGUGUAGAGAACGGAGGAUACCUGCACCAAAGAGAACCCCUUAGCCCCCUUGUUGUUUUUUUCUUUUUUUCUUUUUGUUCCCUCCAGUCAGCUGAUGCCCCUAUCUAAGACCCUGUGCUUAUCAAUAUAGAGUGUUGCAGGAAUGACAUGACAUCGACUUGAAUCCCUUGACAAAAGGCCAAUGAGGUUUAUGUUUGCUACUUAUAAUUGACACAUUUUGUUCAGGAAUACAGUCUUCACAAAUGGCCACUUAAAUGUAACUGCCUAAAGUAGAAGGCUAGUGCUAAUGCUCACAUGACUUAAUAUCACCACCAAUGAGCUUUUGUGAUUUGAUAUCAUGUGCUUACCUCUUCUACAAAAACAUAUUGAGUGGAUUUCCAUGAUCAGCAUAAUGAUAUCCUCUAUAAUUUCAUUUAACCGCUUGUUAAGAUGCAUAAAGAUAGAAAUUUGUGUCAAAAAAUCACUUAAGCUCAUAAAGGUUCAGUAGGUAAGAUCUGUGUUGUGCAUGGAGCUGGUUGUUUCUUCGCUAACUCCAGUCCUAAGGUAGAACAGUAGAGUAGGGGCAUUGAAAACCUUUGGACUUAUGCCGGCUUUUCCAUUAAAACCCUUACCCCCAUUCCUGAGACUGGAAUCCAUACACAGACUAAAUUUAAAAAAUCUGAGACAACUGUUAGCUUAUAAAUGGAGUUAGCUCACCUCAAGAACUAAGUAGUAAACAUAAAUUUCACGCAAUCACAAACAGAUCGUACAUAGUGAACCGUAUUUCAGCAUCCUAAAAAAAACGAUCGGGUUCAAGAUAAAAAUGCUAACUCAUUGCAGGAUUUUACGACUCAUUUCGGCAGCACUCUAUUAGAUGACCCACAGGCUCAGAGUAGCAUUUACAAUUAGCAUUCGUAUUCCAGUGAAAUAACCAGAUGUUAACAUCAUGUCCAGUUUUAUAGUGAAAGGACUGGGAAGUUUUAAAUCCCCUUGCUCUUGUUGCAGUCUGUGUCCCGCCAGAAGCAUGUGACAAUUAGAUAUCCACUUCCUUAACUCCAGCAAAGCAUCUUGGGACCUAUGAAAAGAUUCACAGACGGGCCCUCACCUUUGAGAGGGGAGUCCGUCUGCACAUGAUCAGGAUUUUGCAUCCUCAUAUCACAGAUUUCCUGUACCUCAUCGAUUUACACCCUUCUCUCUUGUACCUCUAUUCCUGAAUACCUCAAGUGUGUCACACAGAGCUGCUGUUUAAGCAUUCAAAACUUAAUACUUUCAUGUACCUCUUUCUGAAUACCUCAGUUUUUACUUUUUUAUUUAUGCAUACCUCAUCAGAUAUUUAUACUUUACAAAUAUGCCUCAUUCUUUGACUCUUACAGUACAGUACAUGUCCCAUAGCUCUAGGACCAAAGAUCAUGGUACUGUUUCAAGUCGAAUUAAAAGAUGUAUUAAUGGUCAUCCCUCCAUCUUAUAACAGUGAUUAGCUUUUCGUUUGUUUGAUCUACUGUCAAUUGCCUGGUAAACUAUGCUUUUUGUCAUUAAGAAACCAAAUAUUGCAGAUGAAAGCAUUGUGCCAAAAUGAUCUGUGAGAGUUCUGUGCCAAACAGGGUUGGCAUUUGGACCACACUGUGUCACUGGACCAUUAUAUCAUAUGUGAAAUCAGAGUAUGUGGGGAUGAGUUCCUCCUCUCUGAUUGGAUGCACUUAAAAGGGCUGGGCCCUUUUUUAACUUUACCUCAUAACCAUGAUAACCUCACAGAUUCCACUUGUACUUUGUUACUGUACACAGGAGGUUAGAAGAAGAGGACACUGCCUCUUAUAAAGAGUUAACUUCACCAGUCUGCCUUCGAAGGCACAAGACUUAGCUCAGAUUUCAGCACAAUUUUACUGAUAUUUCCAUGUGGAUUUUAGGAUGCUUGAUGUAGGAAGACCUCCAGAUGAGUCAAGCAUUAUGUGGUUUCAAAAAAGAGGAUUAUGCCUAAUGCAUGACAACAGGCUGGUUUAUAAUUAAAGUGGAGCUUUUAGCACAAUAAACCAGCCUAGAGUCUAUAGACCCUACUGCUUUGAACCCAACACCUACUUUCAUCCAUAAGAUUACGUUUGCUUUUCAGUAUUACUCUGUGAAAUGUACGCUCAUGUUUGCAUCAGUUUUUUUAAAUUAAGAUUGCAGAACUCUAUCUUUAAGAUCUUUAGGUCUUCACUCUUAAAGAGCAAAAAAUGUGUUUUUAAAGUUUUUUUGUUUUUUCAUUUUGUUGCAUGCUUUAAAAAGUCCUUUUAUUAUACAGACCUCUCUCAGAUAGGUGUUGAAAACUCAGAUGAUGUGGGAAGCUGAUUUUUUUUUUUUUUUUUUUUUUUUUUUUGGGGGGGGGGGAUUGUUUUACCAAAAUAUAUACCCAAAGAUGUGUAUGUGUGUUAGAUUUGGAUGGAAUUAACUUUUGACCUUUGCGAUUGUAUUUCCUAUUCUCUUGAGACUUUGCAGAGCACACGCCUAGAUUCCUCCGGACACUAUUUAGACAGUUUUCAAAUAGACGCAGAAGGCUGGUGUGCCUCUCGACCAUUUGUGCUUAAUUUCCUCUAAGUUUCUCUAAUAUACAUACUAUGGAUAGAUCUAUUAACAUCACUGACCUGUCACACUCACUCGCUGGAACUUUAGGAAGUUUUCCUACUGAGCAUUAUUUACUUUUUCCAACAUUAAAGAAGCCACAUGAUGACCGUUUACGUCUUAGGUCUAAUAAUGGGAGCCAGCUCAUUGUCAUGUGAGAAGCAGUUAGGUUUCUCCAGCACAAACUAUCACUCAGCCUGACUUCAGCUCUCCAAUGGCGGUGAUAGCUGCUGAGCAUGUGAUUGAUUGACUGCACUCCUGUUCGGCAGGGUUUUUUUUUUUUUGUUUUGUUUUGUUUUGUUUUUAAAUCAGGCCCCUGUGUUUUUGUUUUCUUUUGUUCCUUUUUUUCCACCGCAUUAUUUCUGGCCUAUCACGGCUUUUAAGAGAAAAAGCAAAAGCCGCUCCAGGUGAUGUGUGCAAGGUUGUAGACCUCCUGUUGAUUGUAUACUCUAAAGAAAGAAAAAAAAGUUUGGAAAAUUUUGAAAGAAAAAAAAUAUAACUCAGGUAGAUCUCAGCAGCCCUGCACUGCAGGUGUCUCAUGAAUUGAAACGUGUCCCAUAGUGAUAUAUGUAGUGUAUUUUUUCCCCCCAUGUCUCAGUACUAGUCUGAUUCUUUGUGUGCCCAUUUACAUAUUAUAAAAAAAUUAUUUCUCAAUCUGAAAAAUACUUUUGAUUAGUUUCCCCUGAUUAAUCUUUUUUUUUUUUUUUUGCCAAUUUUUUCUCUAACAAAAGUACAAAUACUUAACACCACUUGACGCUCAUUUGCCCUUUUAGAAUGUAUUUUGUGAAGAAAAGGGUUGAAUGGGGUCUUGUUGAUGCACACUCUCCACAACCAGCUGUUGCUCUAAGACCAAAACAUGACAGAAACCGUGUAACAUCCUUCCUGAAUGUUCCACAGCAGCAGUAAAGGUGGAAUCACAGUGGAACCUCGGAGGAUAAGUCGGCCCCUGGCGUCCAUCUUGUUCCUGUCGUGUCUGUCUGAACAGCAGCUGGUUGUGCGCCGAGUAGGCGUUCGCGUUUGUGCUGCAUCUGUGUUGUUGAAAGCAGAAAUCCACUGAAUGUAUCCUCCUCACAGUCCAAGAGGCAGUGGCGAAGCGGCCUGGCCGGCUGAGUUUAGAUGGGUGCUGCUGGUGCUUCUUCAUCCAGGCUGCCUUGUGUGUGUUUGUGUGUUUAUCAGUCAAACAGAGUGUGUUUGCAAGCACAUGUUCCCUCCCUUGAUGUGCAUGCACACACGGUGCUGAAUGGAAAGCACAGAUGUCAGGUCUUCUGUCUAAAUAAGGCAUUGGAGACGAUAAUAUAUUGGCCAGUGACUGCUCUCACUGUACUCUUUGGACUUUAAACAUUUCCUAUGCAGUUUUUCGUUUGUUUUUGUUUACACUUAAAUAAAGUUGUAUUUCUUUGACUCCACACU